AUGAAUACUAAAGGCAUGGAUGAGUUGAGUACCGAAAAUGAGAGACUUUUGCGUGAAUUACAACUCGAGAGACAAUUGACUGAAGUUUUGGAUAAUAUCCGAAACAAUGCUGACUUAAAAGUGAGACAAUAUUUCGGCAAAAAUAGUCCCAAAACUAAAGCCACGAAUCGCUGGGAAAACACUAAUGCCUUACAAACGGAUUAUGUGAAACAAGAGGUGAAUGAGUGUCAAAACCAAAGCCAAAACAACUUCACAUUCAUUACAGAGAUAUUGAACGUAAGCGCCGGUAGUGACGAUCAGAUCGUGGAGGAGGUGCCGGUGAUUAUCGCCGAUUCAAACGCAUCCCUACCCUAUGAGUGCAUGGAAUGUGAUUACAAGACAUGCGAUAGGAGUUCCUACGAGACUCACUGGUCGACCGCACACCUGUCCUCCAGCAGCCGUUCCCUCUUGAGAACCUCUACGACCACCACAACCUCGUCGACCACUACCGGCGCC